UUGAACGCAGUUUGGAGAACAAAAAUUCAUAAUAUUAUCGAAAUUUGAUACAUGGAAUUCAUAAAAUGUGAGAUUUGACGUUUGGGUUGAAACCCUCCACGAGUUUAGCAAAGGACAGCAAUGGAGGUUCUUCUCUGCAAUCCAAAAUUCUUAAUCUUCAAACCCUAACCAGAAGAAUCUCCCCUAAUAAGCUUGAGGCAUGGCAUUCUUCCUCAAGCCUUCACUCCUCCGCUCUUCCCAUGUCAAUUACUUCCGACCAUCUCGCCUUUCCUCUCUCUUCCACUCCCUCCGCCAGAAGGGAAGGACAGAUGUAAUCGGCUGUUUGGGCAUGAAUGCUCAUCAUUUCUCCUCAUUAGUUGAUGUUUCAGAGUUCGAAUGCGAUAAACUUUAUGAUGAUACUAGAACAACAAAGAAAGAUGCUGCAUUACGUCUGGCAAUCUCUCAGCUUUCUGGGGAUUUUGGAGAGGAAUCUAUGUUGUCUUUGCAGAAGUUUUUUGGCUCCAGGUAUGCUCCUGUGAUUUCUACAGGGUCAUUAAAGCUUGACCUUGCUCUUGGGAUUGGAGGAUUACCUAAGGGAAGAAUAAUCGAAAUUUAUGGGCGAGAAGCUUCUGGAAAGACAACAUUGGCGCUCCACAUCAUUAAGGAAGCUCAGAAACUUGGAGGAUACUGUGCGUAUUUUGAUGCGGAGAAUGCAAUGGACAUGUCACUUGCUGAAUCAAUGGGCGUAAACGUAGAUAAUCUUCUUAUUUCACCCCCAGAUUCUGCUGAAAAUUUGUUGUGUGCUGUUAAUACUUUAGUCAAAAGUGGAUCUGUCGAUGUAAUUGUGGUGGAUAGUGUAGCUGCCCUCGUCCCACAGUGCGAACUAGAUUCUCUGAUCGGCAGCCCUCAGACAGAUGUUCAAUCACGAGUGAUGACCCGGGCCCUAAGGAAAAUAUAUCAUUCAGUGAGCCAAUCUCAAACUCUCAUUGUUUUUAUUAAUCAGGUUAGAUCAAGUGCAGGAUCUCGGGAUGGUUUUGGACAUAUGGAUGAGGUGACCUGCGGUGGGAAUGCUUUGCAAUUUUAUGCUGCAGUAAGAUUGAGGCUUGUAAGAAUGGGAUUACUGAAGAGUGAAGAUAAGGUCACGGGUCUCGCGAUCGGAGUGCAAGUGGUGAAAAAUAAAUUAGCAGCUCCAAUGAAAAUGGCAGAAAUGGGGAUACAUUUUGGGAGGGGCUUUUGCUGUGAAUCUGAGGUCUUGGAAAUGGGUUGUGAGCAUGGAGUCAUUCUUAAAGAUGGUGGCAUCUUCCAUAUAGAAGGGAGGAUUUGCAGCAGCAAGCAUGAAGCAGAGCAGUAUCUGAUGGAAAAUGAAGCUGUUCUUAAUAAGGUGGUUGAGAUUUUAAGAAACCAGUUAUUUGUUCAGGUGUAAAGUUCUUCAAUAUUCCAAUAUGUUCGUUUUGGUCGUUCUCGGUAACCUGGUUCAGAAAAAAUCAUUGGAAAAGUAGAACGUUUUUAGAGGCCUCUCUUUCAAUCUAUAUCUGACUGACAGAGAGAAGAGAUCAGAUCAAUCGUAUAAUCCAUUCCUCGCUGUGAUUAGCUGGGGGCUUGAAGAGGUCAUUGUCGGGAUGGCGGUUUCAUUAACCUACAACUCUUGGCGUUUUCCUUUCGAUAGCAGGCAAGUCGCUCCCGUUUUCAAGUCGAGCGAGAAAGCAAGAGGGCAAGAAUUUGGGUUGAAAAUUUCUUACCCGGAUUCUUCCUCAGGCUAUUCUGUGAUGGGGAGAUGAAAUGGGAAUUUAGGAGUUGGUUUUUUUAUUUGUAGAGUCAUCAAUUUUAUCUUUUAAACUUGAUAACAAUUUACAUGUAGUUGUAUUGUUAGAGUAGAGUAGGAUUGGAAGGAUGAUAUGACAAAAAUUGCAAAUUUGUUUA